GACAGAGAGCUUGCGCAGCGGCCACCAGGACCUGCAGCAUGUCCAGCUCGCCCUCAGAGUCGGUUGUGAGCGCUGGGCUGGAGGACAGCCAGUCAGGGCUCAGCCCGACCCCCGGUAAGGCCCUGAGCCCUGUGCUCAUGUGCAAGGUGUGUGGGGACACCAGCAGCGGGAAGCACUACGGCAUCUACGCCUGCAAUGGCUGCAGUGGCUUCUUCAAGAGGAGCGUCAGGAGGAAGCUCAUCUACAGGUGCCAGGCUGGGACAGGGAUGUGCCCAGUGGACAAGGCUCACAGGAACCAGUGCCAGGCCUGCAGGCUGAAGAAGUGCCUGCAAGCGGGGAUGAACAAGGAUGCUGUGCAGAACGAGCGCCAGCCCCGCAGCACCGCCCAGGUCCGACUCGACAGCAUUGAGCUGGACUCUGAGCUCAAGCCCGAGCACCUGGCCACCACGCGGGAGGCCCCCCCACCGCCCUGCCCUGCCGUGGUGAGCCUCCGGGGCCCCAUCUCCUCCACCGCAGCAGUGGGAACCCCAGGGCCCCGAGCACCCACUCCACCCAGCAACCACCGCUUCAUGGCCAGCCUGAUGACAGCGGAGACCUGCGCCAAGCUGGAGCCUGAGGAUGCGGACGAGAACAUUGAUGUAACAGGGAAUGAACCUGAACGGGCCUCCAGUGAAUACCAGGUGUCCCCAUACCCAUCUGCCAGCCCCGAGAGUGUCUACGAGACCUCCGCACGGCUCCUCUUCAUGGCAGUGAAGUGGGCAAAAAACCUCCCGGUCUUCUCCAACCUGCCCUUCAGGGACCAGGUGAUUUUGCUGGAGGAAGCCUGGAGCGAGCUGUUCCUGCUCUGUGCUAUCCAGUGGUCCAUGCCCUUGGAGAACUGCCCCCUACUCUCUGUGCCUGAGCUCUCCCCCAGUGUCCACGGGAAGCUUGUGUCUGCCAGCGUGGACAUCCGCAUCCUGCAGGAAACCAUCACCCGCUUCAAAUCUCUCACUGUCGACCCCACAGAGUUCGCUUGCAUGAAGGCCAUUGUGCUCUUCAAGCCAGAGACACGAGGUCUGAAAGACCCAGAGCAAGUGGAGAACCUACAGGAUCAGUCGCAGGUGAUGUUGGGUCAACACAACCGGACACACUACCCCAGCCAACCGGUCAGGUUUGGCAAAUUGCUCCUGCUCCUUCCCUCACUGAGGUUUAUUUCUUCAGAUCGUAUUGAGCUCCUCUUCUUCCGCAGAACCAUUGGGAACACGCCCAUGGAGAAGCUGCUCUGCGACAUGUUCAAAAACUGACCUGCCCCCUCGUGGCUGCGGCCCCUGGAGAUGGGGGUUGAAGGCUUCAUGGUCAGCAGGAAAAACACUCUAGUCGCAAACUCCUGGUGCCCAGUGCGCUGGGCCAAAGGGCAGUUUGGAGAUCCCAGUUUUGUCCUCCUAGGAUGUGGGCCAAAUGAAUGGUCUCUCUUCCAUGCAUGCCAGGGCAUGGUCCAGGAUGAACUUCUGUUCACAGAAGCUGCAGUUAACUGGAAGUAAUCCCCAGUCCACUUCUAGGUCACUGUGACCUCUCUGGUGGGGUGAGUGACUCUCAGGAAGCUUUCACCACAGAUGGUCUUACUGACUCCGUUUCAACCGGGUGUUUCCAGAGUGUACUGCAUCUUCAUUAACUCAGUCACAAGAAUGAGUGGGUGCCCCCCCUACUUUCCCACUUUUAGAUGACAGAAAUAUGCUCAGUUAUAUGUGAGAACACAAACCAUGCAGUGGAAAACCAGGAUGGCUGAGCGCACACUGACUCAUAGGGGUGUGAGAACACAGCUCCCAGUGCAAAACAAUGCAGGAGCUACAGUCGGAGUAGUGAAAACAUGUGCGUCUAGGACAAGUUCAGGUUCAGAACCCAUAGCCCAUGGGGGAGGUGUGGCUUAUCCUCCUGGGACUAGGGAAGGCUCAUUAUGGAAAUUUUCAUGGCACUCAACUUGGUUUAGUAAAUGGUUAAAGAAAGAGGUGGCCUAGUCUGUUGUAGAGAAUGGAAAUAAAAUUGCCAUUGAUAUUUACCACACUCAAAACUGAGGAUAACUAGCCAUAGAGCAUCAUCUACCCAAGGCAUGUGUUUAGGUUCCAGUGGGUUCAGAGCAGGUUCCAGCAGGUGUUCAGACCCAAAUGAUAAAAACACUCAUGGACUGAAACAUUGGCGUCUAUGGCCUAUGUCAUCUUGACAGAUGAGGGUAGAGGGCAUCUUGCAUUCUCCUCUCUUGGGGCAGAGGAAACCCAGUGAUGGCUAAAGCCAAGGACUGCAUUUGAUCUGAGAGACAUAGAAGAAGUUUUCAGAGUAGCUGAAACUCAACCUUACAAUCUCCAUUUUAAACACCAUAACUGCUGCAACAAAUGCACAAUCAUGAGUCAGGGACAGAGGGAUUGGGGUGAUUCUUGUGUCUUCUGAACUGCAUAUAACUUUUGUACCACAAAGGAGGAAGGCUGAUGCUGUGGGAAACCUAUGGGAGGACUAACAACAGACACACACAACACUUCUGGGCUGAAAGUACAACCAGACAGCACAGAGAACUCCACAUGGUAUUGCAUAAACCAAGCAGAGUCAUAUUCUAGUAGAGACAGGGCUUCUCAGUGCCUUGCAGGAGAAGAUGGUAAUAGCAGAGGCAAUGGCUCUUGUUCCCAAGAGGAAAAUCCACCCACUAAAGCUGCCAUUACCAUGUCAAAAAUGCUUUGUAGGCCUGUUCACCUGAGAAUCACUAUCUGUGGUGAGCUCCCAGAAUCCUCUGGCUGGAGAUGACAGACAUACAGGAAGUCCUGGGCGUUUGUUCUGUUGGCCAACGUCCGGGCUCUGAGGUUAUGGGGAUAAAACUCUUAUUAAGCAGCAAAAGGAGCAUCAAGAACAAUGCUGUUCUGCUCGUAGUGCCAAGGGAGGUGCUGGGGUUCAGCUGGCAAAGCUCUCGUGAAAUGUUCCCGCUGACAGUGAGUGGACAAGGGAAGCACCUGAAUGGAUGCAUUUCUACCAGGAGAAGGCAUGUGUGGGCCUGGGGACAUGGCACUUUUUUAAAAGAAGCUGAACUCCUUACACUUAGCAUUUACUGAGAGCUGUUCUCUUACC